AUGAGUAUAUCAUCCAUCACAGCGUUCGAUGAUAGUCUGCACUACCUCACCAAUGUCAACAUCUUCGACGCACUCGCUCAGAAGUCCACUCGCAAUCCCUGGGAUACCUGGAUCAAUUCUAUGGAUGAUCAUGCCGAUCGGCCUGCUCGACAUCUUGUGGAUGGAAGCGAGAGUGACCGCAGUUCUGUUCCCCUGCCUUCCGAUCAAGGCAGCGACACAUCAAUCAAUGACGCGGGGAGCAGCAGGCGAUCCUCGGUUGUCAGCCAUAUGUCUGUGGAGUCUGUUCGAUUGGCCCACACAUCUGCUGAGUCUGGUCAAUUGGACCAUAUAUCUGCUGAGGCUGGUCACUUAGCAAGAAAUACUCGACAUUCAGGAUAUUCCGCAGGCUCUGAAUUAUCUGCCAGUACAGGGAACUGGGGCUCUCCUGUGAUAUCUGGGAAUUCUGAAACUUCUCCUAGUUCGCCCAUCUCUAGUAGGAUCACCGAUUCCGGAAAUCCCGCAAGAAAUUCGACCUCAAGACUAUCUGCGGCGGUACUUGACCCAGAUUGCAAUCAUGAUGAUAGCGAGUACUGGGCAAGCACCGAAGGGAGCGACGCUUCUGCCCCUUCCCCUGGAAGCUUGGUAUCUUCCGAUCACCGGAUGUCCAUGCUGCCUGGAGAGUCGAUAAUUCCAACUCGGGUUGCCGAACAUACAGUUGCCGACGGCGUAAAUAACGGUGGGAUUGGGUCUAUGACUGGGGCCAUGCCCGAGGAUGAACUCCAGCGAUUGACGAGGGCCACUGCGCUUGCUCCUGAUGGAACGCUGGAUGAUUGGGAUCAAGCACUGUUCGCGCAAUAUCUGGACGCUCAAGUUUUAGAAACUUCCUCCAGCAGCUUGUCUCCCAAUGAGCUACCCCCACAACUUCCGAUCCCCAGAGUUUUCCUUCCUCCAUGGCUCUCGCAAUCUUCCUUUCCCAAUACGAUACCAGCCCUUCAAAUGACCCCGCCGAAACUACCAUUCCUUCCGGUGCCGAGGGACAGGCAUGGGAGACGAAUGGGCAUGUCAGUGGUAUUGGGUGGACCUAAUAUCGCAACUGCUGUUGCUCCUCACCAACUUGUCUUACCAGCACCUUCUCAAUUCCCUCCGACACUGGCCGCCCUGCUGGGCCAAUCCCCACUUUCCUCAUCUCCUUUCUCUCCACCUUCUUUCGCUCCAUCACCAGCAGCGAGCUCGUGGCUUCCCGGAAGCGAUUCUUCCUCUCCCGCUGCCAUGGAACCUAUGUCAGAGUUCCUGGUAUACAGAACGAUACCUCAUCUAAUGAACGGAAGGGCACCGCACCCGAUAAACGGAAGGACACCCCACAUCUCGAGCCCGCUCUCCACAUCCGACUCCAACUCCGUCUUAUCCGCCGGCGACAGAGGCUCUCCAACAUUCUACCGCGAGCCAUACAGCGCCCGCAAGAAAGGGAACGAGCGGCGCGCGGGCAGGACCCGGCGCACAUGCAAGUCCAACGGACACGAAGUGACCUUCGACACGGGGGAACUCGUAUAUUUCCUCUGCGGACUCCCGUCCUCCCCUUCCUGCCUUGGCAAGGCCUGCGCAUACGCCUUCACUGACCGCGGUGCGCUAGAUCGGCACGUAACCAAUUCGCACGCGAUGCGCGAGUGGGAGGAACUUUGGACGGACCAAGUCACAGAUCCUGGCAAGCUCGUUUUUGGGGGGUUCAUGGCGCCCAAAGGACAGGGGUGUGACUGUAACAUUUGCGGAAAACGAUUGAGCAGACCGGACGCGGCGAGGAGACACGAGGCGCUGCAUACGGAGUCGGAUAGGAAGGCGGCUGCUCGUGGAAAGCGGACGGCGACAAGCAAAAGGAAGACCCCAGUCCAGCUGGCGAAGUGGUUCACCCUUGAGGACAGUCACUUGAGGGUCGACUCCACAGUGGGAAAGGAGAAGGGGAACGUCCUCCGGCCAUACACGUUCACGGGCCUGGGUCGUGGAAUGGGCUUGGAAUAG